AUGGCUAGAAGCGAGCAACUUGGCAAACAAAAUGUUUCAAAAAAUAACGGAAAUUCAAAUGUUGUAAAGGUGGGGUUGAAUGCACCGAAAGCGACUGCUGAGCAACUUAACCUUGCUAGGUUGCUUAACACAAAUUCCGAUGAAGGUGACAAGCAGUUCAAACUCAAACAGAUUCAAGAGUGCACAGAAUGUGACUUGGAAGAAGCCAUUUUGGCCCUGCAUGAUGCAGAUAACAAUGUUCAGCGAGCGAUUGAGAAUUUGAUCGAUGCGAAAUAUGCGAAUGAUUGGCAGGACACGAUAACGAAACGAUCAAAGUCGAAACGCCACCCUGUUCAGAAAUCUAAGCCUAAUGCAGGGGCUGAUCGGUCUAAGGGGGAUUCUCCCUCACCAUUAAAUUGCAAGAAUGCUGCUGCGCUUUCGGACAACGUAGCACAGAAAUCCUUGAAAUUGUAUAAUGGGAAGGGAAGUAAUAAGCAGGCUACGAACGGCCAGAGUAGAAAUGGUCCCACGAACGAAACCGCUGUAGCCAAGAAAGCACCUCACUCAGAAGCUACUUACAUUGAAAACUGGGAUAUCGAGUGUGGGGAGUGGAAAGGUGAGGCCAUCGAGGUUGUCAAUUCAGCUGCUAAUAUACCGAUCAAUAUUCACGAUGACACAGAGCUUUUAAAACUUUUGACCUGGGAGUCAGUUGAAUCUUCUUCAGAAAAGUGUGAUGAAGUAGGGGGACAGGAUGAAAUGAAUGUGGGCGUGAAGGUUAAGUCCGGAGACGCAGAGGUUAAUGAAAGAGCGCCAUCUAACCCACGAACAGAAGACCAAGUGAAAAUUGUCAGGGACAGGCUGUUUAAAAAAUAUGCGAGGAGCUCAACGCCUCCAUCCUCUCAUGUUCCUAAUACGCCGGUCUUCUUUGCACCCGGUGCUAGGAAUACCACCUUGAUGGGAAAUACUUCUGCACUUGAGAAUGGAGCUAUUCAAGCACAGGUGCUCCUUCAUGAAAGAAUUUCUGGUUCAGAUGUGAAGGUGGAUCAAGAUGCUGACCUUUCGAGGUCCAACCAAAUCCCCAAGAGGAAAUCCCUAAAUAACGAACAGAACUUCAAUUCUCAGGACGGGGUUAAACCGCCUGAUCAGUGCAAUUUUUCACCUGCGAUGAAUACUCUGCUUCAGUCAGUUCGCAGCAUACAGCAGAAUUUGCAAGCGGAUCAACCUUAUCCCACGCCGUUGCAGAAUGCUUCGGCUCAUAAAGAAACCUACACCAAGAUUCAAGACCAUGGCUCGCCCCACAGUCGUGCACAAACUCACCCUGUAAAUAACUUUGAAGGUCCCAAGUCGUAUAGUUACAAUUUGUUGGGGGAUUUGUCCCAAACGGUGAAACAAGUGAGUCUGGAGAUGCAAGUUGGAAAGACGGACGCUUUCACCCAAUCUAUUUCUUCAACCCAGUCAGAGAAUGUCGUGUCGGCGCCUUAUUCCAUGCAGCCAACUAAACAGACUGUAACUCAACCUCCUCAGAUGAACAAAACGAUCUCUGCUAUGCCCCCAAACGCAGGUCAACAGCCGCUACCAACGACCCAACCUCAACUGCAUCCUGUCAUGCACCCUGGUUUCCCGACACUCUUAAGUCACUUACAACCAAAUAUGUCCCUUUUCAACUUUCCUGGUGGUUCAGGUCCUGCUGCGCCCCCUCAUUUAUUCGAGAUGGACCAUUUUCAAGCUUUACAACAGCAGCGGAUGCUGUUUGAGAUGCAGCAAUCUCAACAUCCACCUCAGCAUACCCAAACUAUUGCCAACGAGAAUAGCCUUCCCAAUGCUUCUGCUGAUGUUAUUUCAUCGACCAAAUCUACCGUUCCUAUGCACCAAGUGACAACGGCUAAUGUCGGUUCUGGCAUCACGUUUUUGCCGUAUUCCGGUGGCAUGGUCCUAAUGAAUGGGUACCCAAACGCCUACUUGGGUCAGCAACAACCCUCUCAGGCCGGUGGUUCGCAGAAUCAAAGCCCGGGUCACGGGGGUUCUCCCCUUUCUCACCCAUCAAACCAACAACAGUAUCCGAAGUCCAUUAAUUCGCCCGCUAACUAUACCGGAUACCAAGGUCUGAGGCAGCCUAACUUCGAAGAAGUUGGAGACAUAUUCUACUCAAACUUAGCUAAGCAGAUGGCGUACAAACAUACUGCAAGCGGCGUUCAGGGUUUUUACAACCCACCAAUGCAACAGCCAUCAAAGCCGGGUGGUGGGCCUGAUUUGUCAUUGGGUGGUAAACUUCAGCAGCAGGCUCCGGGUCUGUCGUCCACGCAGCAGCCGCAGGUGCCGACUGCUGCGUCUGGCGUGCAGCCUCAGGCUUUGUAUCCACAGCAAGCAUCAGGCCAGUACUCGUUUUUCAGUCAACCUUGUAUGGCGAUGGCUGCAGCAGCAGCCGCAGCUCAAAACCAGCAGCAGUCUCAGGGCGCGCCUCCGUCUGGUACUCCAGGGCCUAACGGCAUGGAUCGUUGGUGUCCCUACGUCUUCGACCUGGGCUUUUACGAUCCGCUAAAGUCGGGGAGCAUAGAUGGCAUAGUGGGGGACGGUAUUCCACCGCAUGACAGAGCGGUUUGUAGCGCUCAGGUCUCGCACUAUCGCCCGUCUAAGGCUGCCUUCCCGGAAAACGUCUUCAAGCUCUGGAGAAAGGAGGAUGAUAUCGACAGAGUUUCUCUCUUUAUCGGACGCCUUCAUCCGAGUGUGAAAUACGAGGAACUGCGUUCUGCGCUUUCCCGUCUCCUUGCUAAGGUAAAGGAAGCUGAGGCUGAAGUAGAGGAGCAUCGAAGCCGUCGGCAUCGCAAUCAACGUCACUGCAAUCGCGAUCGGUCCCCGUGGCAACGGGAGAACAGUAGCGGUGGCAUCGUUUCCCUCUGGCCCCUGGUGCGGGUGGUGAAACAUCCCAUUACCGGCGCAUCCAGGGGUUAUGCCUUCGCCUGGUUCAAGUCCUCUCGGGAUGCCCGUCGCGUCCUUGAGGCUUGGCGGGCUUCGUCUAGCCUCUUCUGCCCUGCACGCUUUGCUCUCGGUGAUGGUGUAAAGGUCGACUUGGCUCAGGUUUUCGGCGAUAUGCCAUGCUGGGAACAACUGAUCAUGGAGCCCUCUUUCAGCCGGAGCCUGCCAGGCUGGAAGCCACGUCGUUUGGGUGGUGGACUGGGUGGCAUGAAGGAGUCUGGACAGUUACGUUUUGGUGGCAUUGCGCGGCCCUUCCGAAGACCUUUUAGGAGUUUUCGUGACGGGGAGGGCUGA